AGCUGAAGUUAACGUUGAGCACUUUUGAUCUUUGUUGUAGUAACUUGGUCAUCACGGUUUUCAUCUUCACAAACCAAACAACAAAACUGUGAAACCAAGUAAGCAUUGUUUAUUUUAGGUCAGACCGGUGAAGCAUCAUAGCAACUUAGUAAGGUCGAUAAACCUCUCUCAAACCUCUUACUUUAUGUCUGAUUUCAUUUUAGUUUUCAACGAUUCUCUUAUCUUUUGUUAUCAACAACCUAAGCGUAUAUUAAAAGAGGGUGGGUACGGAUUCAUGAGGUCAAACAUUUUGAACUAAAAGAAAACUACAUAUAACCGGGUGGGAACUUCUCAUUACAACAAGUAUUAUUUAUAGACAAAAAAAAAAGAAAUAGGAAAUGACGUAAGCAUUAACAAGGGAACCACGUCGCUCAUUGUGAGGCCCCUCCAGAUGUCUGGUUAGGUAGUCGCUUUAGGAAUCAAACGCGGAGCUCCAAUAACAAUAUGGCCAUUACCAAACUCUUCAACCUCUCUAUCGAAUCACCAUCACCAAUUCAACACACAACAACAUUCUCGUCUUCAAUCUUUCUGUUGAUCAUCAUCAUUUCUCCACGCCAAUCAAAACGUCUCAUCUCUCUCUCUAUGUCCUCAUCGCUGUUCUAAAGAAGACCAAGAUCCUCCCAUUGUCUUAACACAAUCCUCCAAAUGAGACUUAGCGAUCUAGCAAUGAACGAACGAAGACGAAGAAGACAUAUCUGAAAACAAAACACAAAAAAAAAAGACAAAACAAAACAAAAUAAGAAAUGUCGGUAGCACACGCAGACGACGCCGACGACUACAGCCGACCAACGGGAGAGACAUACCACGCGGAGAAAGCCUUACCGAGCGGAGACUUCUACACAGGCCAAUGGAGAGACAACCUCCCCCACGGGCACGGCAAAUACCUCUGGACCGACGGGUGUAUGUACGUCGGAGAAUGGCACCGCGGCAAAACCAUGGGGAAAGGCCGUUUCAGCUGGCCCAGCGGCGCCACCUACGAAGGCGACUUCAAGAACGGCUACAUGGACGGCAAAGGCACUUACAUAGACUCCUCCGGAGAUUUAUACCGAGGCUCGUGGGUGAUGAACCUGCGGCACGGCCAAGGCACGAAGAGCUAUGUCAACGGAGACUGCUACGACGGCGAGUGGAGGAGAGGGUUGCAAGACGGGCACGGGAGGUACCAGUGGAAGAACGAGAAUCAUUACAUAGGGCAGUGGAAGAACGGGAUGAUGAACGGUAACGGGACGAUGAUAUGGAGCAACGGGAACCGUUACGACGGGUCUUGGGAAGACUCUGCUCCUAAAGGGAAUGGUACUUUCCGUUGGUCGGAUGGGAGUUUUUACGUCGGUGUUUGGAGUAAAGAUCCUAAAGAACAGAACGGGACUUAUUACCCGUCGACGUCUACGGGGAACUUUGACUGGCAACCGCAACAAGUGUUCUACGUUGAUUUGAGUGAGUGUGUGGUUUGUACUUGUCAGAGGAUACCGGUUUUGCCGUCUCAGAAGAUGCCGGUUUGGUACGGUUCUUCUUCUGAGCAGAGUAGUAGUGGGAACAGGACUAAGAGCAGUGAGAGGCCGAGGAGGAGGUCUGUCGAUGGAAGAGUUAGUAAUGCUGAAAUGGAGUUGAGGAAUAAUGGUUCUGGUUAUCUUCAGGUAGAUGAUACGGAGAGUAACAGAUCACCGUUGGGGCCGUUGAGAAUACAACCUGCUAAGAAACAAGGACAGACUAUCUCCAAAGGACAUAAGAAUUAUGAUCUCAUGCUUAACUUGCAGCUUGGGAUUAGACAUUCUGUUGGAAGACCAGCACCGGCAACAUCGCUUGAUUUGAAGGCUUCUGCGUUUGAUCCAAAGGAAAAACUUUGGACGAAGUUUCCAUCUGAGGGAUCUAAAUACACUCCUCCGCACCAGUCUUGUGAGUUCAAAUGGAAGGACUAUUGUCCUGUGGUUUUCAGGACUCUGCGGAAACUGUUUAAUGUGGAUGCAGCAGAUUAUAUGUUAUCGAUUUGUGGCAAUGAUGCUCUUAGGGAGCUAUCAUCUCCAGGGAAAAGUGGAAGUUUCUUCUACUUGACCAAUGAUGACCGCUACAUGAUCAAGACCAUGAAGAAGGCAGAAACAAAAGUUCUUAUAAGGAUGCUUCCGGCUUACUACAACCAUGUAAGGGCAUGUGAAAACACUCUAGUUACGAAGUUCUUCGGUCUUCACUGCGUGAAACUGACUGGCACUGCACAGAAAAAGGUUCGGUUUGUAAUCAUGGGGAAUCUAUUCUGUACUGGCCACUCCAUCCAUAGACGGUUUGACCUGAAAGGAUCAUCUCAUGGCCGUCUUACCACUAAACCAGAGUCUGAAAUAGAUCCAAAUACAACACUUAAAGAUCUUGAUCUAAAUUUCUUAUUCCGGUUGCAAAAGAACUGGUUCCAAGAAUUUUGCAGGCAAGUGGACAAAGACUGUGAAUUUCUUGAACAAGAGAGGAUCAUGGACUAUAGUCUCUUGGUUGGUCUUCACUUUCGAGAAUCUUCGUGCAAUAACUCUGCCACUCCUACUUCCGGAGCUAGAACCCCGACCGGAGACAAUCGUCCCUCUCGAGGAGAAAUGGACCGGUUUCUACUCGAUGCCAGCAAGUUAGCAUCAAUGCAACUAGGUAUAAACAUGCCUGCAAGAGUUGAAAGAACGGUGAGAAGAAGUGACGCUGAGAAUCAGCUUGUUGGGGAACCAACUGGUGAAUUUUACGACGUGAUUCUCUACUUUGGUGUUAUAGACAUUUUACAAGACUACGAUAUAAGCAAGAAGCUUGAACAUGCAUAUAAAUCAAUGCAGUAUGAUCCAACUUCGAUCUCAGCUGUUGAUCCAAAGCAAUACUCUCGACGUUUCAGGGAUUUCAUCUUCAGGAUCUUCGUUGAAGACACUUGAGAGAGUUUGAGACCAAUCCAUUCUAAUUAACUUGCACACACCCAAGGACCAAUGAACUUGAGGUUUUCUUUUUGUUAGAAAUUCUAUUUUUCUAUAUAGAAAUAUCUGUAAAUUUUAAUAUUCGUUAUUUAACCAAGUAUUGUUUCUUCUUUGUAUUGCGUUUCUUUAAACGUGAAAGAAAGGAUGUGUAUAGAUGUUGACUU